UUACCCGGAAGAGAUUACAGAACAUCAACAAGCCUCUAGCAUGUAGCAGACCAAGUAGACAACAUUUAACAAACUAAUAAUGUGGUUUCAUGAAUCCGUUUGACAUUAAUGUGUCAUGAUCUAUCUCGUCUUUCGUAUUAAUGCCAGAAAUUAUUUGUACAAAUCGCAUUUUUUUUUUAGGUUACGUCAAUGCUAUGUAGCUUAUGUUGCUGACUAGCAUACAGCUGUGGAUAGCAAGGUUCCUGAUUCAGUAUGGCUGACGACCCACAGAGAAAUUUCCGCUCAGCAUACUAUGAGAAAGUGGGCUUCAGGGGAGUGGAAGAGAAGAAGUCACUGGAAAUACUGCUCAAAGAUAAUCCUCUAGAUCUGGAAAAGCUAAGCACCUUCAGUCAGAGGUUUCCUCUCCCCUCCAUGUACAGGAUCCAUGUGUGGAAGGUGUUGUUGGGUAUCCUGCCUCCCCACAGUGAUUCUCACGGUCUAGUUGGAGGCUACAGGAAGGAGCAGUACCAUGACAUCCUGGAGGCUCUGGAGGUGAUGCGAUACGUCAACUCUUCCACACCCUCCACCCACAUCUACCUGCGCAUGUUUCAGCUGGAGAACCAGGUGCUCCCGAGGUGCUCGGAGACCUCUGCCCCGGAUGAAGAGAACGAGGACUUCCUCUCCAUCAGUCGAGCCAUGGAGGAGAUCGUAGAUGAUCCUAUAGAUUGCUAUUGGCUGAUCAAAUGUUUCGUCAAUCAGUUCCACACAAAGUUUGGAGACUCAGUUCCUCACCUGCCAAAGAGUCUGGAGCAUUAUCUGAGUCAGGAGGAACCUCGAUUGCUGAACCACCUGAAGAACAGCGGAGCGCUCGCUCAGCUGCCGUACAGCCUCUGGUUCAGGCGCUGCUUCGCCGGCUGCCUGCCCGAGUCCAGCCUGCAGAGGGUGUGGGAUAAGGUGAUCAGUGGCUCCUGUAAGAUCCUGGUGUUUGUGGCUUUGGAGAUCCUGCUCAGCUACAAGAUCAUGUUGAUGGGCAUCAAUAGACCUGAAGGCAUCGUAAGGUUUCUGUGCAAUAUACCGCAGGAAAACACAGAUGCCAUCGUAACAAAAGCCAUUGACUUGUGGCACAAAUACUGCGGCACUCCGAUGCACGCUGUGUAGCAGCUCUGCAAAGAUCUGAGGUGAUUUCCCAGGAUGCACUCGGACCUGCUCUUAACUCCACAGAGAGACUGACAAAGUGGGGCGUUCACUGUCAGCGGGGAUCUCUCUUUGCAUGAUUGAACUAAAAACUCAUCAUGGACUACUUUUAAUGAGUCAGAGGAGUUGGACGUCGGGACAAAGAAGAUAAAUGUGGACGAGAGACUGAAUGCAUGAAUGAGCAGCGAAACAAAGAAGCUGAUGAGUGUGAAUGCACAAAACCCGUUUGGAAAAAGGCAAGGAAUCAUAAACUUAUUUUUUAAUAAGUUUCUUUCAUUAAGAAACUGCAUACAUCAUAGAAGACUCACAAUAAAUUAAUACUCACAUGCAGUUUUUUCUGCUUUACAAAAAAACA